AUGACACCACUCAUCACAGGCACAUGGAAUGUGCGCACAUUGUUGGACCGUGUUGGGACCAACAGAUCAGAGAGGAGGACUGCCCUUAUUGCCACAGAGUUGGACAGAUACAAAGUGCAGAUAGCUGCUCUCAGUGAGACUCGCUAUGCUGAAGAAGGACAGUUGUUGGAAGUGCACGCUGGAUACACUUUCUACUGGAUCGGACGCAAGCAAGAAGAGUGCCGUGUGGCAGGCGUUGGAUUCGCCAUUAAAACCAAUUUGAUCAACAAGCUGGCUGCACCUCCCAAAGGAAUCCGCGAUUGCCUGAUGACAGUCCAACUGCCACUCCCUAGGAAGUGCUUUGUCACGCUCAUCAGCGCCUACGCCCCCACCAUGACUAACUCCAAUGAGGUCAAGGAAAGCUUUUACCUAGACUUGAAAGCGGCUAUAUUAGCCGUUCCCAGAACAGACAAACUCAUUAUUCUUGGUGACUUCAAUGCCAGGGUCGGCAAUGUUCAUGCAUCAUGGGAAGGAGUCCUAGAGAACAAUGGCAUUGGCAGCUGCAACAGUAAUGGUAUACUGUUACUCAAAAUCUGCACCACACAUCAGCUUCUAAUCACCAACACCGUUUUCCACCUUCCAAACCUGAAUAAGACGUCAUGGGUGCAUCCUCGCUCAAAGCACUGGCACCUACUAGACUACGUUAUUAUCAGGCAAAGAGACAGGCAAAACGUCAAAGUAACUAAAGCAAUGUGUGGUGCAGAAUUCUGGAUCGAUCACCAGCUGCUGAUCUCCAAGCUUAACAUCAGAAUUCAGCCUCCAAGACGGCCACAGGGGAAGAAGGUUCCAAUGAGACUGAAUGUCUCUAAGCUGAAGUGUGCCCAGGUUAAGCAGUCACUGGCAGAAGAGCUGGAUAGCAAGUUGGAACCUUUGAAUUUAGACUUGCACGAUGUUGACUCAGACUGGAUUACAUUUAGAGACGCGGUCUAUGCCACUGCCAAGGAAGUGUUGGGUACCACCACACGGAAGCACCAGGUUUGGUUUGAUGACAACAAUGAGCGCAUUCAAUCUUUGCUAGAUGAAAAACAUCGACUUCACAGAUCAUACCCUAAUGAUCCGUCCUCUGCACCCAAGAAAGAUGCUUUCAACAACAUCAGAAGAACCGUCCAACUUGAACUGCGAUGA